CCCGCCGCCCCGCACCUGCCGGUCCCCGCGGCUGGCCGUCCCGCGGCCUCGGCACCUGGCGGCCCCUGCGUCCCAGAGCCAGCAGCGCCCCUGCCCGUCGGGGCCAGGGAAGGCCAUGGUGUCGCCGCCGCCCGGGCUCCCAGCGAGCAGCCUGCUGCAGGUUCUGCUCCUGGGGCUGAGCGCCUUGGCGCCCGCCUCCGGAGCCCAGUUCCAGCUGCACGUGCCCUCGGGGCUGGACCAGGUGCACGCCAUGGAGGGCGAGGAGGUGGUGCUGCCCGCCUGGUACACCUUCCAGGGCGAGGCGGCCACGGCCCGGCCCUGGGAGACCCUCACCCUGAUGUGGUUCCUGGAGCAGGAAGGGAAGGACCUGAAGCAGGUGCUGGCGCACAUCAGUGGGGUCACCACCAACCAGGAUGGAGCGUCCCUGGUGUACCCCAUGCCCUCCCGGAACGUGUCCCUGCGGCUCCAGCGCCUCCGGGAGAAAGACUCCGGGUCCUACCGCUGCUCCGUGAACGUGCAGGACAAGCAAGGCACCAGCCGGGGCCACAGCAGCAAAACGUUAAAGCUCGACGUGUGGGUUCCUCCAGCUCCUCCAUCCUGCCAUCUCCUGGGCACGCCCCGUGUGGGGACCAACGUGACCUUGAGCUGCAAGUCCCCGAGGAGUAAGCCUGCUGCCCUGUACCAGUGGGAGCGGUCACACCCAUCUGUUGAGGUUUUCUUUGCACCAGUUUUAGAUGCCAUAUCUGGCUUCCUCAGCCUCCGAAACCUUUCCAGCUCUAUGUCCGGCGUCUACGUCUGCAAGGCCACCAACAGGGUGGGCAGCGCCAGCUGCAACGUGACCCUGGAAGUGAGCUCAGGGCCUGGGGCUGCCGUGGUUGCUGGAGCUGUGGUGGGCACCCUGGUUGGCUUGGGGCUGCUAGCCGGACUGGUCCUCUUGUACCAACGCCAGGGCAAGGCCCCAGAGGAGGUGGCCAAUGACAUCAAGGAAGAUGCUGCUGCGCCUCGGACCCUGCCCUGGCCCAAGGGCUCAGACACCAUCUCCAAGAACGGGACGCUGUCCUCCGUCACCUCGUCACCAGCCCUCAGACCGCCCCACCGCCCCUCCAGGCUCGGUGCCUCCACCGCCUCGACCCCCAUGACCCCCACGCGCAGCCACGGCUGGGUCUCGCCCUCUGCCCUGAGUCGCAAGGGCGCUGUCCCCGUGAUGGUGCCCGCCCAGAACCAGGCUGGGUCUCUGGUGUGACGGCCCCGCCAUGUGUGGGCAGAGCCAUCUGGAUUCUCUCCUUCCUGUAGUCCUUACUAUGGAGGUUCCCCCAGCAUAAAGGCCUGAGUCUGGGGGUUGGGGGGGGGGAUGGACCCCUUCUAGAUCUCCAGUCCUCUGCACCCACCUUUCUUGACUAUGGGAAAACGGGGUCUUCGUUAAGACUCGAACUUCCAGGAGGUAGAAGAAGAAGAGGAAGCGGACUUGGGGUUGGUUGGGAAGAGCCUUAACCCCCUCCUGGGGCCCCCCUAAUACAGCAGAGGGAUGCUGCUGAGACUGGUUAACCCAGCCCUGGUGGAGACUGCCCAUCAGUGAGUCCUCCCGGCCGCCCCCUUGACCUCUAUCCCACCCCCCGUCUAACACCACCCUCCACCCCCGCUCCAGCUCCCUGCAUUCGUAUCCCCCGUCCUGCUGGCCUGGUUGGGUUUUGCUGGGCCAGGGGACAGGGCAGAUAUUUGUUAAACUAACUUGAAAUGUGUGUUUUAAGAUGUGUUUUGUUUUUUUAUUUUUAUUUUACAAACCUCAAUAAAGAU